AUGAAUGGCUCGGGUGGCCUGGACACCGAGGACACGAACGAGGCGGGCGGCGGGGGUAGCUGGCGGCCUGAGGCGGUCAUCGUGCCCAUGCUAUUUGCGCUCAUCUUCCUUGUGGGCACCAUAGGCAACUCACUGGUGCUGGCCGUGCUGCUUCGUGGUGGCCAGGCGGUCAGCACCACCAACCUCUUCAUCCUCAACCUGGGCGUGGCCGACUUGUGUUUCAUCGUGUGCUGCGUGCCCUUCCAGGCCACCAUCUACACCCUGGACGACUGGGUGUUCGGGUCGCUGCUCUGCAAGCACUUCCUCAUCUUCCUCACCAUGCAUGCCAGCAGCUUCACACUGGCUGCCGUCUCCCUGGACAGGUAUCUGACCAUCCGCUACCCGCUGCACUCCCGCGAGCUGCGCACGCCUCGCAACGCCCUGGCGGCCGUCGGGCUCAUCUGGGGGCUGUCGCUGCUCUUUUCCAGGCCGUACCUGAGUUAUUACCGCCAGUCACGGUUAGCCAACCUGACCGUGUGCCACCCGGCGUGGAGCGCGCCUCGCCGCCGCGCCAUGGACCUCUGCACCUUUGUCUUCAGCUACCUGCUGCCCGUGCUGGUGCUCGGCCUGACCUACGCGCGCACCCUGCGCUACCUCUGGCGCGCCGUCGACCCGGUGGCCGCCGGCUCGGGCGCCCGGCGCGCCAAGCGCAAGGUGACGCGUAUGAUCAUCACCGUGGCCGCGCUCUUCUGCCUCUGUUGGAUGCCUCACCACGCGCUUAUCCUCUGCGUGUGGUUCGGCCGCUUCCCCCUUACGCGCGCUACCUACGCGCUGAGUAUCCUCUCGCACCUGGUCUCCUACUCCAACUCCUGCGUCAAUCCUAUCGUCUACGCUCUCGUCUCCAAGCACUUCCGCAAGGGCUUCCGCAAGAUCUGCGCGGGCCUGUUGCGCCACGCCCCGCGCAGAGCCUCCGGCCGCUUGUGCGUCGCGGCCCAGGGCACCCACAACGGCAGCGUGCUGGAGCGCGAGUCCACCGACGUAACGCACGUGAGCGAGGCAGCCGGGCCCUCUGCUCCUGCGCCGGCGCCUUUUAGCUGCCAGUACUCGAGCUCGGUUCCCAGCCUGUCCUGGCGGGACCAAAAGGCUCCCAAAGCCAUCUUGACAGUUAAUAAAUCCCUAACUGAGGCUGAGGAGCGCGGGACGACCGAAGGCUCUUUGCACGUGGCCAUGCGGAAGCGCCAGGUGUAUAUAGAUCGGGGAACCAGCAGCCGCCAGUGA